AUGGCGGCCCCUUCGCGCGCCGCCACGGGCGAGGGGCCUGCCCUUGGUGCCGAUGGCGUGCUAUGCGCGUCCCCCGGGCGCACGUGUGCUUCCACAUCCGAACAGCACGAGGGGGCGGGGGAUUGGGGAGCUUCAUGCGAGUGCCCGACGGAGGGCUCGUGCCCGAUUUGCCUUCAGCCCAUAGCGCUGGUGGACCUCGCGACCGUAAAGGACUGCGGGCACGCGUACUGCGUGUACUGCAUAUUGGAGUGGGCGUCAGUCAAGGAACCUGCCACAUGUCCUCAAUGCAAGCGAGAAUUCAGCGUGCUGUGCUGUCUUCGAGAGCUGGACGGCACCGUGACUGACGGACUGCAUGAGGAGAGUGUUUGCAUGCUGCAGCGGGCACUGUGGGUUCAGCGACGCCCUGCGGUGGAGGGGGCUGACAGCAGUGCGCCGCAAGGGAGGCAGGGUCCAGAUGAUGUGUUUGAUGAUGACUAUACUUAUGAGGUGGAUGAUACAGAGGACUAUUACUUCUCAAAUGCAGCAGGCUCUGCGAGAAUUGUGCUCGGGAAUCGCCGCUUUGGAAAGAAUGGUUAUAUGCGUGCAGGCCGAGUGUACGCACAGCCCUCAGUACACGACAAGAAUUGUCAGGGAGGGGGCCAGGGGAAGGCACAGCCUGGCCGUCCUGAUUCAGGGCAACAACAACAGGGGCGCCGGGCCCGGCGUCGUGCAAAGAGAGCCGAGUAUGACUGA